AUGACGACGCCAAUGGAACGUACUCUGUCGUGCACUAUCGCUACCCUCAACAGACGGUACACGCAGAAGUUGAAUUCAAAUCCUCUUUUGACAAAGGCACUCACACUGGCCUUCUUUGCCCUAUUGAACGAGCAGUUGGCUUCAUUAUUUGCAGGCGACAUCCAAGAGCUGGUAGUCACAAGGAAUGUCUCGUUGCCGCAUACAAUCACGGCAAAGGUGCCACUAAUGGGUGUCUUUGCUGCCCUUGUUAAUGCUCCAAUUACACAUUACGGAUAUCGGCUUAUUAACCGGGUGAUACCUGCUCCAUUAACAACGAGAAAGAAGGUGCUACAAAUUUUACUUGGGACCGGGGUGGUCACUCCUAUCUUCUGUGCUUGUUUUGUCUCGUGGGUAGGUAUAAUCAACAGUUUACAGAAGCUAAAAGACGAGUACAAGAGAGGUGGUGACUGGAUUGCAAGAUUGAAGAAUGUGAUCAAACAUAUGAUUCUCAUUGUGAGGACAUCUCUAAAGACGAAUUUCAUCAAGGUGACAACCACCUCGGUCUUUGCCAAUCCCGUCUUUAUGUUUCUGGCCCAAAAAUUUGUGGCACCUGAGGCAUGGGCCGUUUUCUUUGCGUUGUGUUAUUUCAUCGUUGGAACGUACAACAACACCAGAGUGAAGCUCGCCCAAAGGAAGUUGAAAAGAAGACAAAAAGACGAUGGUUAUGAUAGAAAGUCGGAAUAA